GGAAUGGAGGAUUGGUUUCCUCUGUUUUGCGGGGCAGCUGUAGGUCUUGUGCUAUGGAGAUUGCUCGUCGUCUACGCAUUCACCGGGAAGCCGCGUGCGCCGGGCAGCCGGGCCUUCAAGACCCUCGUUGUUCUUGGAUCAGGCGGGCACACGGCUGAGAUGUUGAACGUCGUGGAGAUGCUUCGUUCGGAGAGAUACAGCCCCAGGAUAUACUUGGCUGCCGCGAGUGACAACAUGAGCUUGCCGAGAGCUCGGGCCGCGGAGGAGAAAUCGUCGUCUGCUGCUACUCUGGAUGGAUGUUUGCAAGGUGCUCGGCACUACCUCCAGAUUUACAGGAGCCGCGAGGUCGGGCAGUCGUAUCUAACGUCGGUGGUGACGACUUUGAUGGCCAUUGCCCACGCUCUGUGGGUUGUUUUCCGGAUCAGACCCGAUGUGGUUUUGUGCAAUGGACCGGGGACUUGUCUGCCAGUUUGCGUCGCAGCUUUCUUGUUGAAGGUUUUGGGACUGAAAUGGGCGACUCUGGUGUAUAUUGAAAGCAUUGCCAGGGUGCAGAAGCUCUCGCUCACUGGCCUCAUCCUAUACAGGCUUCACGCCAUGGAUCUGUUCUACGUCCAGUGGCCUCAACUCAAGGAGCGCUUCCCAAGGAGUCUGUAUGUGGGGCGACUAAUGUAGAUGAUAUUCCGGGAAAGCAGAUUGACAGGGAGUCCGAAUAUUUUUUUCUCCAGCGAGAAACUUAGAGUUCUGAAGCUAAAACCAAAGGUUUUAAUUCUUUAACUUGCUCCACACAUUUCGACUUUU